AUGCCAUCCCAACCUCUCUCUACAUUUUCUCCACCUUUCCCCUCCCCUUCAUGUCUCCCAUUGAACAAGUUUUCCUAUGCUACGGUCUCCAGUGAGCACAUUGCGCCCAUUCCGUGGAUUCAUCUCUCAAGCAAGAGUGGUCUGUUUGCAAUCUUCGAAGCAAGCCCAACUCAACUGGAAAAUGGCCAACUUGAAAAUCGCCAGAAGCUUAAGGUCUUGAGAGAUCCUGAGGUCAUGGAAGAUAUCGACCUUCAUCUGUUGUCUUUGGAAGCUCAUCGUUCUAUGGAUAUCACCUCCAAAUCCCCCAACGAAGCCCAAGUCACCAUCAUGGUCAAACUGCCCAAUAUUGCCAUCAAGUAUCCAAUGACCAACGGACAGAUCAGAAGAUUCCAGAUGCGUUUCGCUUCCAACGAGUACUUUUAUGACGCCAUGAAACUCCUCUCCCGUGCCAAUGUCCCUGCUGUCGAAGCUGGUUCGCUCCCCCAGAAUAAGCCACGCCAGCCUGUUCAGAUUCAGGCACCUACCAAUAUUCUUCCUGAGGACUCGGCUUCACAAAUUGGCGGUUUCCACCCGUUACCGCAGUCAUAUGGAAUGAGUGCCGAUCUUGGUUCCGACGUCAAUAGAGCGACGCAUUCAAUGCUCAUAUCAGGGGGCUCUGCUAUUGCCACUGCUCGCAAUAUGCCGCCGCCAAUCUUGCGUCCAAGCAUUCACCCUCUUGGUCAACCGCCCACCAUGAAAGAUUCUACCAACUUCACCGUUGGAAAUCAUUCCACUCUAUCCAUGACCACGGGUACUACCCUUGUUCCAGGCAUUCAUACAUUCCAAGCUCUACCGCCUGAUGCCACCGCACAACACAGAAUCAUCGCAACACGUCCGGAGGUGAAGAUCAUUGUCCCGUCUCCAAGCCAACCUAAUGAACAUGAUACGCAUCGGCAUGAGAGGGAUGACUUGAAAGGCCCAACGUCCGGUCUCCUAUUGCCUCCAAGGCGCGAGCUUCCCUUCAUCAAAGCAAAAUCCGCGACUAAUACAAAGUCUUCACACAUACCUACGCUCGCAACUAGCAGAGCCGACGAGCCAUGCACAACUAGUACCAUAGAAAAUGAUCAAUCAUCCCACACUGCCAGAGGCAGACCCAAACGCGCGGCCAUCAAAACACCGGCCAAGCCACCAGCAGCAAAGAAGCCCCGGGCGACUACUACCCGCAAAAAACCUGCACCAAAAAAGGCUUCCAAAAAGGAGACUCCUGUCCCGUCUGUGGAGGACCUGCUCAAUCGGUCAGAGCCAAGUCGCUGGACGCGUUCACGCAGUUUACUGGCGACACAAAAGCAAUUACCAGAGCAGAGGACUCAACAACAGGGUGAUGUGCAAGUGGAGGAUAUUACACGAGGAGAUCAGGUUUCUCAAAUUUUACCACCACGCGACAGGGACGAACAACGUGCACAGCCCGAGAUAGAGGAGACACCGGUAGACACGAGAGACACUUAUCCCUGUACCCCAGCCGAUCAGAUCAUUCAAACUCACACGCCGAGGCUCCCUACAGCACCAUCCGGUUCAAGUUCACCAGAGAAACAGAUACACCUACAAGAGGAGCAGGGCCAGAACACCCCAUUUGGGCUGCUCGCCACCAUCAGUUAUGGAAGCUCUCGUCAAAAAUCGCCAUCCGUGCCCCAUGGAGCGACAAAUGUGGAAAAUCAGCUGGUCCCAGGCUCAGAUUCCACUAGUACCAAUGCCAACCUCGCAGCCUGGGCGGCCUUGCCACCUGAGAUCCGCAAUCCUGUUUUGAGAGAUUUUGUGUGUGAAUCGAUAAUGCAACCAGGUUUCAUUGACCUGUGCAAAGAGCUGGAAAACAUGUGGGAAACUACACUUUUGGAACCUCGAUUGAGGAAGUGA